AUGUUUCGUCAAGCUUGUCUGGUGCUCUUUUGGCCAUUCACAGUCGCGACGAUAAUUGCAAGGCCGAAUUCCCGAUCUGCUUACGUUUGCGGAAGCAUGAGACGAAGGACUAUGACACUGACAAUCUAUAUUACGACCAUGGAAACGACAACCAAGCGAUACGAGCUACAUGAUCUGGGCCUGGAUGCCGUCCUCACUGACUACGAUCAUGGUUCCCGGCACCGUCUCUGCCAAUUCGGCGGCACGUGGUGGGACGACUGUCAGUGCGCGGCAGGCGAUACCUUGCAACGACUUCAAAUCUAUUUCCUUUGCCGAAUGACACAUCACGACAUUAUAAACUAUCCGGGGCAACCCGUUAAUUGA